AUGCAACUAACCUAACCUAAAAAAAAGUGAAAAUUUUAGUGUUUAUUACUUACAUUUUUACUUAAAUUUUAAUAAAUUUCUUUUCUAUUUUAUAAUGUCUGCUCUUUUAAACAGUCUUAAAUUACCAAGGCAAUGUCUAAAAACUAAAUCGGCAGCUUGUACUUCCAUCAGAAACCAUUGGAAUAAAGAUUAUAAGCCAGCAUCCCAUCCUCCUAAAACUGAAGAGGAACGUAUUGCAGCUGCUAAAAAAUAUGGCCUUCUACCUUCUGAAUAUAAAACAUUUCCUGAUGAUGGAACUGGAUAUGGUGAUUACCCUAAUAUUCCAGCAGAGUCUGGGGAAUCUCGAGACCCAUUUUAUCCUUGGGACAAUCCCGAACUAAAGCGAAAUUUCAACGAAGUUUUGCAUGUUCAAGCUGAUAUGAUUGGAGAAGACCGUGUUGAUGUCAAUCUUAGACUUCGCAAGUCUAGAACUAGACAAUUUACUGAAUUCUUUGGAGUUAUGUCUAUUUUGUAUGCCAUAUAUUAUUGGCUUGAGGAUAAGAAAAUGUUUCUUCCUUUGCUCCCUAAGCAGUACCCAGGAGAAGGCAAACAUUAUACAUUUGAGCCAAAAUCCUAAGAAUACAAGUUUUUAUUAUUUAGAACAUAAGUAUAAAGUGUAUAAUACAUAUAUCUUAGCAUUUCGUAUAGAAAGAUGUAAACUAUACAUGUUAAAAUGGUUAUUAUUUUAACAGAAAAGCUAUCCCUCUGCUUUAAUAGUGUAAUAGGGUAAAUAAAUUAAUAAAAAAGGACAAUUCAAUUUAAAAA